AGCUGUUGUUCUGUAGUUGUUUUGCCGUUGUUAUGAAUUAAAGUGCAUUCGAAUAGGAAGAAAUAUGUUUUUCUUUAUUGAAUAAGAAUAUAGUGCCGAAUAAGUGUAAUAUUCAAAUAAAUAUAUUAGUGUAAAAUGGAUACAAGUGAUAGUGGACACAGUGACAUAGGAGAUGAUCUUCAUCACGAGAACCAUGGUCUGGGAUACCAAAAUACCUUGAUGUAUGGCCGGUAUAGCCGGCAACUAGGAGAAUAUGCAAAAUUUGAGGCACUAAAAGCACAAGAGAAGCGACGAAUAAAAGAAGAAAAAGCAAGAAAACGAGAGCUUAGGGGAUAUCAAGGAAAACUAGUCAAAUUUAUUGCAUUCUUAUGGAGGCACACAUUCGCGAGAUUGGGAGAAGACUGGGUGUUCUUGGCCCUUCUAGGUGUUAUUAUGGCUUUCUUGAGUUUCAUAAUGGAUAGAGGUGUAGCAAUGUGUAAUAGCGCCAGACUAUGGUUGUAUAAAGACCUAACUUCACACCCUGCAGCGCAGUAUGCGGCUUGGGUUAUUCUUCCCACUACAUUAGUUUUAUUUAGUGCUGGAUUUGUACAACUUGUGGCACCACAGGCUAUUGGUUCAGGUAUACCAGAAAUGAAAACUAUACUCAGGGGCGUAGCUUUAAAGGAAUACCUAACAUUCCGAACACUUGUUGCCAAAAUUGUUGGUUUAACUGCCGUAUUAGGAAGUAGUAUGCCGUUAGGUAAAGAAGGACCUUUCGUCCAUAUAGCUAGUAUCUCAGCAACAUUACUCAGUAAGCUAGUUACCGGAUUCCAAGGUAUAUAUGAGAAUGAGAGUCGAACGACAGAAAUGUUGGCAGCUGCCUGUGCAGCAGGAGUUGCCAGUUGUUUUGCAGCUCCCGUUGGAGGUGUACUAUUUAGUAUAGAAGUAACCUCAGUAUAUUUUGCUGUAAGAAACUAUUGGAGGGGUUUCUUCGCUGCUGUUUGUGGAGCAUCAACAUUUCGACUUUUAGCAGUUUGGUUUCAGAAAGCAGAAACAGUAACAGCGGUGUUUAGAACAAAUUUUUUUAUGGACUUUCCAUUUGACCCUCAAGAAUUGUUUGUGUUUGCACUUCUUGGGGCUUUUUCUGGACUCGGUGGAGCUUUCUACGUAUGGGUGCAUCGCCAGUACGUAAUCUUCAUGCGUAACAGUAAAACUUUAAACAAAUUCCUGAGCAAAAAUCGUUUCUUGUAUCCGGGAAUAGUUUCCCUAUUGGUUGCAAGUCUGUCCUUCCCGUUGGGCGUGGGCCAGUUCGCAGCAGGAGAACUAACUACGCACGACCAGGUGGUUGCCCUCUUCAGCAACAUCACUUGGACUGAUGACAACUUGACUGUAUCCGAACAGCAUGUUGUAAACAAUUGGAAAACUCCAUGGUCUGGAGUACUAGUCAAUUUAGUUUGUACGAUAGUUUUUAAUUUUGUGACGUCUAUUAUUUGUUCGACAUUACCAGUACCAAGUGGUAUAUUCAUACCAGUGUUUAAGAUUGGAGCAGCGACUGGUAGGAUAAUAGGCGAAUUGAUGCACCUGUGGUUUCCUUCAGGUAUGCGGUACGGUGGCAAAGUUGCUAAAAUAAUCCCUGGGGGAUACGCUACUGUAGGGGCAGCAGCCUUCAGUGGCGCCGUAACCCACACCAUUUCUGUAUCUGUGAUAGUUUUUGAAAUGACUGGACAAAUUACUCAUAUUAUACCAAUAAUGAUAUCAGUGUUGAUAUCUAACGCAAUUGCUAGUCUUUUAGCGCCAAGUAUUUAUGACAGUAUCAUACUCAUUAAGAAAUUACCUUAUUUACCAGAUUUACUACCAAGCAGUAGCGGUAUUUAUAACAUUUACGUAGAAGACUUUAUGGUUAGAGAUAUAAAAUAUAUUUACUACGGAAUGACAUACGAACAAUUAAAAGCAGUUUUAAAAGGAAAUAAAAGACUUCAGAGUUUUCCGUUAGUGGACAAACCCGACAGUAUGGUUCUACUAGGUUCCAUAAGAAGAUUGCAUCUGAUACAGUUAAUAGAAAAACAAAUAGGAAGAGAACGUAGAAUGCAGGUUGCUGCAAUAAGACAAAAGGAAGCUGAGGAAAAAGCAAGAGAAGAAGAGAAGCGAAAAGAAGAAGAACGUCAAAGACGACCGUCGAGAUUCGAGGUUGUUCCAGCCCCUGAUGUUUACAAGAAGCAAGUAUCUGUAUCAGAAUUAGAACAGCCAACUUUCCAUCCAGUAUAUGGUACACAUCCCAAGAAAUCCAUCCUAAAAAAGACAAGCUCUGUAACGCUCAAAGGUAUCACACCUUUUUUGUCAACUAGUCCGACUUCGACCCCUUAUACAACUGUUACUGGAGCAGAAAAUCGAUUGCGAUCAGCGUUCGAUGCAAUAUUCAGAAGAAGCCACUUCGGUGGAAGCGAUGAAGGAGGUUCCAAUAAUUUGCUAAGAUCCGGAUCUUGGGGUCGAAGACCACAAAUUAUUCCAAUGAGUCCCCACAGUCUGAAAAAAGUACAAUUACCCAAAGAACGUAUAUGUGAUAUGAGUCCAGAAGAUCAAAAGAAAUGGGAGGAGGAACAGAUGUCACUUCCCGUCGAAUUCAUUUGUCAUAUAGAUCCAGCUCCCUUCCAACUAGUAGAGAGAACUUCCUUAUUGAAAGUUCAUUCCAUAUUUUCCAUGGUAGGAGUCAACCACGCGUACGUAACAGCAAUUGGAAAACUAGUGGGAGUAGUGGGCUUAAAAGAACUCCGCCAUGCUAUAGAAGACGCCAACGCAGGAAACCUCCCAGCUACUGUGGUGGACAUUAAUGGUGGUAUUAGUGUGAAUGAUGUCAGAGAUGUGGAAGCUAAUGAACCUAGCGUUACCAGUAAUUUAAUGGGUAAAGAUUCGGAGUCGAAAGUGUAGAAGUGUAAAGGAAAUUUUGUACAAAAAUUUUGAAAAUAUUUUUUAUUUGAAAAUAUUUUCUAUUUUAGUAUACUUUUGUAUAUAUAUUUUUAUUAAUUUAAAGACCUCGGUACAUAUAGAAUUUUGUGUUAAAUCACGGGCGUUAUUAAAUUACAUAAAAAAUUGAACUGAAAAUUAAACUUUGUCUAUAGUACACAACAGCAUUGCCGUAUAGAGGAGUAUAACGGAUUUAGAUGACAGUAGUAAAACGCAAAAGAUAACGAUGUUAACGAAAAAUACGAAAUGAAUUAAUAGAGAAAAGAGAUAGGAAAUAUGAAAAAUUUAGAAAUAAGAGAAUUAAUAUUUUUUUAAAAUCGCUCACAGUUUCUUCAAUUUAUCAAUUGUCAUUAUGUAGAUAUUAAGAAUAUCUAAGAUAUUUUUGAGAGAUCCGUAGAGGGAACAUUUUUCGUUAGUAUUAGUACAAAUUGAUGAUUAUAGUGUUAUGACUGGUCUAAAGUAUAUAAGGCUGUGAAUGUACUCGUGCGGGUUUAUUCUGCAUAUUUUAUUGUAAUUUUAUUUCUAUUCAGAUAAUUUCAAACUAUACUAAGUUUUUAUAAACUGGGGUGACGACAAAACUAAAAGCAGGUCCAAGUUGUGUAUUGGACCUAUGUACUGGUAUAAGCACUAGACAAAACCACAAAAAUCGUCCAGAGGAAAGUUAAAGUAUCAUUCAUAUAAUUAUUUUAAUAUACAUAGAUGUUGUUAUUUCCCAGUAGAAUUCUUGUUCUUUAAGUGCCCUCUCCCAAUCAGAGGUUGGAUAUCAUCAUCACGAUCUUUAGUCUAUCUACUGCUGCUCUGAAGAGUUCUAUAGAACUGCAUUUAAACAAGUUCCUUAAAUUCUUCGACCAUGACACUCUCCUUCUUCCUUUACACCUUCCUCCUCUUAUCUUUUCCUGUAUUAUCAGCCUUAGCAGUUCAUAUCGCUGUCCCCUCAUAACGUGUCCCAGAUAUUUUUAUUGUGUUUGUUAUUUCGAAUUAUUUGCCCAUUUCUCGCAAUACUUCCGUGUUAGUUUUCUUCUGUGUUCAUGAUAUUCUAAGCAUCCUCCUAUAACACCACAUUUCAAAGGACUGUAACUUAUUGCAAUAUCGAAAACACGUAGCAUCUCAUACUCUCAGUUCUAAUCUAAGGUCUUUGUUGCAGAUAAUUGUUUUCAUUUUUACAAACGCAUGUCUUGCUAUUUCUAUCCUGGCUCUUAUUUCGGUUGUUUGAUCAUUAUUGUCUAAAAUCCAGGUUCCUAGGUAUUUGUAUUUAUCAACCCUUUCUAUCGGUACAUUUCCCAAAUGUAUGUUUGUUGGUAUAUUUGUUUUCUUUGUUAUUAUCAUGUAUUUGGUCUUUUUUAUGUUCAUUUUUAGUCCAUAUUUUUCACAGAAACUGUUUAUUAUGUUUAGCAGUAAUUGGAGUAGUUCAGCAGAGCUUACCAUAAUUGCGCUGUCAUCUGCAUAUGUUGAAACAUGUUGCAUAUGUUUAUAUUCCUUCACUUUGAGAUAGUAAUGCUUCUUCAAAAAUGGCUUCACUAUAUACAUUAAAUAGUAAUAGGGACCUAAUACAUCCCUGCCUAACUCCUCUCCUGAUUUUAAUUUCUGGACUGGGUUCGUUAUCUAUUACGAUUUGUGCUCUUUGAUUCCAGUAGAAGUUUGUUAUUAUUCGUAAGUCCCUAUGGUCCAUUUUUUUUGUCUUUAGAAUUUGGACUAAUUUUUCAUGUCUUACUUUGUCAAAUGCUUUUUCAACAUCAACGUAAUAAAUAUGCACAUCAACAUUCAUAUCCUCCCAUCCAGUAUAAUUAAUUAUAUGCAAUCUACGAUAACCAAAUAUUUUUAUCAAUAUAAGGUUGAAUGUUCGAAUAAUUAAACUUUGAGGGUGUACAAGGCAACUAUCGAACACGGUGAUUAAUUUAAUCUUGCCCAAGUACUUUCGAUCAAU